CUUGGCUUCUGUUUACGCAUCAAUAAACGGUUACACAUCCUAAAGUGCUGUUUUAUCUUUUGCUUAUGCGUCCUGCAGGAAAAGAAGAAGAAGUUUGAGAAAGAGAGUGAAAAAUAUUACUCUCUGCUCGAUAAACAUCUGAAUCUCUCUGCCAAGAAGAAGGAGAGUCAGCUUCAAGAGGCUGAUGACCUUCUUGAUAGGGAGCGGGUGAACUUCUAUGAAUCGUCAGUGGAAUACGUAUACCAGAUCCAUCAAGUUCAGGACAGGAAGAAGUUUGACGUUGUGGAGCCGGUGCUGGCGUUCCUUCACAGCAUUUUAACUCUCAACAACUUGACAGUGGAGAUGACUCAGGACUUUAUGCCUUAUAAGCAGGAGCUGCAGCUCAGCUUGCAGAACUCUAGAAACCACUAUGAGAGCACUUGUGAGGAGUUGGAGGAGCUGAUGAAGAGGAUGAAGCAUCCUUCUCAAAUCUCAAAGAUGCAGAACUUCCUGCCGUUGGAAGGUUAUUUGUACUGUCAGGAGAAGCGGGCUUUGGGUGCAUCGUGGGUCAAAUAUUUUUGCAAAUAUCACAAGGAUGGGAGAAUGCUGAUCAUGGUGUCCUGUGAACAGAAGCCUGCAACAAAGCAGGCCCCAACGAUACUUACCCUGAAAUCCUGCAUCCGCCGCAAGACCGACUCCAUAGACAAGCGCUUCUGCUUUGACGUGGAAACCGUGGAGAGAAACGCACCCGUCACUUUCCAGGCCCUUUCGGAGGGGGACAGGAAGUUGUGGAUGGAGGCCAUGGAUGGGAAAGAGCCUAUUUAUCACUCCCCCAUUCACAAGCAAGCAGAAAUGGAACUAAAUGAAACUGGAUUCAAGUUUGUGCGAAAGUGCUUCAACUACAUUGAAACUAAAGCCGCCACACAAGAAGGAGUGUACAGGACAGUCGGCAGCAACAUCCAAGUGCAGAAGCUCCUGAACUCCUUCUUUGAUCCCUCAAAUCCUGCAAAUGUGGAUCUCAACAGCAGCGACUGGGAUGACAAAACCAUUACAAGUGCAUUAAAGUUCUACCUGAGGAAUCUUUCUGAACCUCUAAUGACCUACGAUCUGCACGGAGAACUCAUGAGUGCUGCAAAGUCUGAUAAUCUGGACUUUCGACUGAGUGAAAUUCAUUCACUCAUCUACAAACUACCGGAGAAGAAUCGUGAAAUGUUGGAGAUGCUUAUUAGGCACUUAGUAAACGUGUGCAGCCACAGUGAUGAAAACCUGAUGACGCCCUCCAACAUGGCAGUUAUCUUCGGCCCCACACUCAUGAGAGCGAAGGAGGAGACGGUGGCGGCCAUGCUUGAUAUCAAGUUCCAAAACAUUGUGGUUGAGAUUAUGAUCGAGGACUACAAAAAGAUCUUCACUUGCAUGCCAGAGGACGGCGCCUUCCCACCUGUCCCUCCUCCUCGGAUCACGGCAAGAAAGCGGCAGCCAAUCACCAUCUCCAAGCGGCCUGCUCGCGUUUUCCAGCCUCUUAGUCACGAGCACGUCCGCGACGCAGAGAAUGGGCAGAAAGACACCUCUGUGGUGGAUGGGGAUGUCUCAGCGAGCCCCAAACCCAUAAAGCCGACGAAACCCAUGAGCUGUGCCCCACUCCCUCCAAGAGAACCUCCUUCGAGGCAAGCGGGGAUCUACAGACCGGCCAGCCGCCAGGACCGGCCGCCCGACUCCGACGCUGAGAAGCUGAGCGACAUGAGGCAGAAGCCUGACUCUUCCCCGGCAGCAAACGGGGAUUCUGGGGUCUUGGUGAGUCGGGUGCCGUCGUUUCAACGUCAGAAAGCGUCUCCGAAGGGAACGCCAGCCAACCGAGAAGGACAUUUUGAUGGUGUAACCAAAACAAAGUCUGCAGAGAAACAUGCCAUUUGUCGACCCCCCAUCAGGCCCCCUGAGCCCCCAUCCAGAUGUCCCGCUCCACAAAAGCUCCCAGUUGCAGCCAGCUGUGAGGGCACGCCCACAUCUUAUGUUGCAUCAAAGACCAAGUUUUUUGAGAAUGCCUCCAGACAAGUUGUCAGCCCUCCAACCUCUUCGCUAUCCUCAGUCGUGACAAAUGUGAAAAAAGAGAACUGAAGUGAAGAGGUGGAACGGUGGACGACCUGGACGGAUGUUCUCAGCUGCACUUUUCAGAUUACAUGAGAAAGAGGCUCCUAUCAGAUCUGAAUGGGUUUGUUUGGGUUUCAGCUGAGUAUCAGCUGUGUGACUGCAUGGUGUUGUGAAGCAACACAUCGUCAAACUCGAUCGUGAUUCCCCAACACGUGUUGCAUUGUUCAUCAAAUUUAGUCAUUUUGCUAUUUUGAUUUGUUAAUUUAUUUUACUUUACUUUUUUUUUGCCACUGUUACUUGCACACUGUGCUGGUUAUGACUUGCAGUGCUAACAGCUGGUCUUAGCAAUAUGAAGUAUUUUCCC